AUGAUGGGAAGUGAAGAAAGAGAUGAAGCAGUGAAGAAGAAGAUCCAGGAGCUAGAAGAAGGCCAUGCUUUCAUGAAGCAAGAAAUGUCAAAGCUCAAGCUUUCUGAUGGAAGAGAACAGCAACAUCAUCGUCAAAGGUCUCACUCUGUGUCUCCUCAACGUUCUAGAUUGGGUUCAUGGAACAAAGGUUCGUGUUCUUUUAAGCAUUCUUCGCCGCUUCGAAAGGAAACUCGUGCUUCUGCACUUGUGAAUUUUACUGAGAAACAUUAUCUCAAUAUCUUGCACUCUUUGGGACAUUCUCUUCAUAUUUUGGAUCUUAACUCCCGUAUCAUUUACUGGAACCGUAGUGCUGAAAAUCUAUAUGGUUAUACUGCCGAUGAAGUUUUGGGACAGGAUGGGAUUGAUUUGCUAGUGGAUCCUAGGGAUUGGGGAAUAGCUUGUGAUACGGUGAAUUGUGUUAUGAAGGGAGAGAGAUGGAGCGGUCAAUUCCUAGUCAAGAACAAGAAAGGAGAAAGGUUUUUAGCGGUAACAUCCAAUACUCCUUUUUAUGAUGAUGGGAGCUUAGUUGGGAUUAUCUGUGUGUCGAGUGAUUCACGGCCGUUUCUUGAAAUGAGAGCUCCGUUUUAUGGUGUAAAGAAUGCUGAACUGGAUUAUGUUUCUGCUCGUCCUAAAAGUAGCAUUACGAAUCAUCUUGGGUUUGACUCUCAGCAGCCGCUUCAAACUGCUCUAGCAUCUAAGAUUUCUAAUUUGGCAUCGAAGGUGAGUAACAGAGUUAAGUCGCGAAUCUGGACAGGAGAAAAUAAUGUAGAUCAUGAAGGUGGGAAUGGAGAAAGUCAAGGUUUCUCAGAACACAGAGAAGAUGCUAAUUCAAGCGGAGCUAGCACACCUAGAGGUGAUUUACCACAGACCCCUGUUGGUAUAUUUUACCGUGUUGAAGAAAAGUUAGAAGGAAAAACUUCGAGAGACUCUGGUGACGAGAGUGAAGGAAAACCGGUUCACAAAGUUUUAACUUCUAAGGCUGAAGCCUGGGUUCAAAAGAAAACAUUAUCGUGGCCAUGGAGAACAAAUGAUCCAGAAGAAUCAGAGGCAAGGAACGUGCGUGCUGCUGAGCCAUGGAGGCAGAAUGAUCAAGAAAAUGAGUCAGUUAAUCAGAAGAAUCUUUAUUCUAGCUUGAAGCAGGAAAGUCAGGUCGGUGAAAGUAAUCGCCUUACUAACAACACGGCUUCAAUACCCCGCUCUUCCUCCUAUAAUGUUAUCAGCACAAGUAGUGCCAGCAGCAGCGGGAGUGCCGGCAGUGGUGCUACCAAUAGCAAAAUGGAUGUAGACUCUGACUGUUUGGAUUAUGAAAUUUUGUGGGAGGAUUUAACAAUUCGAGAACAAAUUGGGCAGGGUUGUUGUGGAACUGUAUACCAUGCUCUGUGGUAUGGAUCAGAUGUUGCUGUCAAGGUUUUCUCAAAGCAAGAGUAUUCAGAUGAUGUGAUACAGUCAUUCAGACAAGAGGUAUCUGUCAUGAAAAGACUUCGGCACCCAAAUAUUCUUCUCUUUAUGGGAGCAGUAACUUCACCUCAACGUCUUUGCAUUGUGACAGAGUUUCUCCCACGCGGCAGCUUGUGUCGCUUGUUGCACAAAACUACACCCAAACUUGACUGGAGACGACGAGUACAUAUGGCAUUGGAUAUUGCACGAGGCGUAAAUUAUCUUCAUCAUUAUAACCCGCCUAUCAUACAUAGAGAUUUGAAGUCUUCAAAUCUUCUAGUUGAUAAGAAUUGGACUGUGAAGGUUGGUGAUUUUGGUCUUUCACGUCUUAAGCAUGAAACAUAUCUCACAACCAAGACAGGAAGAGGCACGCCUCAAUGGAUGGCACCAGAAGUUCUUCGUAAUGAACCGUCAGAUGAGAAGUCUGAUGUAUAUAGCUUUGGGGUGAUAUUAUGGGAACUUGCAACCGAAAAGAUUCCUUGGGAUACUCUCAACUCAAUGCAGGUAAUUGGAGCUGUAGGGUUCAUGAAUCAGCGUCCAGAAAUUCCAAAAGACGUUGAUCCAGGGUGGGCGUCUUUAAUUGAGAUCUGUUGGCACAGUGAUCCAACUUGCCGACCAACUUUCCCCGAACUGCUCGAAAGGCUUAGAGAGUUGCAAAGACGGUAUGUCAUUGAGUUCCAAGCAGCCCGAUCAGCUGGUGGCGAAAGCAUCCAAAGAAAAGAGUCAUAG